AUGUCUAUUGAACUUUCUAAGGUUAUUACACCAAAAACUGAUUAAAGAGAGUACAAAUUAGUAAAACUAUAAAAAAAUGAUAUGUAGAUAUUACUGAUUUCUGAUCCAUAAAUAGAUAAAAGUGCAGCAGCAGUAAACGUUAAUGUUGGUUAGUAUAAUGAUCCAAAAGAAAGAUAAGGACUGGCACAUAUUUUAGAACACAUGUUAUUUUUAGGAACUGAAAAAUAUCCAGAUGGCUCUUAAUUUGAUAAAUUUCUAAAUGAUAAUUCAGGAUAUUCAAAUGCUUAUACUUCCUUAGAUUAAACAAAUUAUUUUUUUAAUUGCUCUAACAGUAGCUUUAAAGAAGCAUUAGAUAGAUUUGCUUAGUUUUUUAUUAAACCUCUAUUUAAUGCUGAUUUUGUAGAAAGAGAAAUAAAUGCGGUUCAUAGUGAAAAUCAGAAAAACCUUUAACAAGAUUUAUGGAGAGAAUAUUAAUUAAUUCGAUCAAUUAGUAAUAAAGAUACUGUUUUUAACAAAUUCGGAACAGGAAACUUAGAAACUUUAAACCAUCCUUCAAUAAGAGAUGAUUUAAUAAAAUUCUAUGAUUCAUACUAUUCAUCAAAUCUAAUGAAAGGUGUUAUUUUAUCUAAUUCUACUCUUAACGAAUUAGAAUAACUUGCAAUAGAUUUAUUCUCGAAUAUUCCUAAUAAAAAUCUUAAACCGAUUUAAUUUACAGGAAAGCCUUUUGAUAAUUAAAAUUUAUAAAAGCUAAUAAAAAUAUCUCCUUGCAAAUAAGAAAAUAGAAUGAAUAUAUUAUGGAUAUUUGAUAAAGAUUAUACAGAAUUAUAUCGAAAUAACCCUUUACAAAAUAUAAGUUAUUUAAUAAAUCAUAGAGGAAAUAAAGGUCUUUUAAAUGCUUUAAUAAAUGAAGGUUUCGCAGAAGAUUUAAAAUGCAGAUAUAAAUCAAGAAUGAUACUUUUUAGUGAAAUCUAAAUUGAAAUUUAAUUAACUUAAAAAGGACUUUAAGAAUACAAAAAAGUCCUGCACUAUGUUUUCGAAUAUGUUAAAUUAUUAAAAGAAAAAGCCAAUUAAAAAUGGAUUUUUGAUGAAAAGUAGAAAAUAAAUGUUUUAAAGUUUAAUUAUAAUGAAUAAAUGGAACCAAUUAAUUAUGUAAGUAAAAUAGCUUCAAAAAUGUAAUAUUGUAAGUAAGAAGAUAUUUUAAGAUUUGAAGCUGUAGAAGAAGAAGUAUUCAACUAAUAAUAACUAUAAUAAACUUUUGAAUAAAUAAAAAUUGAUAAUAUUUUAAUUAAUUUAAUAUCUUAAUAAUUUAAAAAUGAAGAAUUAAAUCUUGAAGAAUAUUAUUAUAAAACAAAAUAUUCUAUAUAAGAUUUGGAACAAGAUAUAAUAGAAGAUUUCAAAAAAGAAAGAAAUUAAUAAUUAAAUUUAGAUAUACCUUAACUUAAUUAAUUUUUGCCUAAAUCUUUUGAUUUAAUAGAAUCUGAGAAUUAAUAAUAUCCAAUAAACUUACUGAAAAAUGAAAAAUUAGAGCUUUGGUAUAAAAAAGACAAUUAAUUUAGAAUACCAAAGGUUGUUUUUAAAUUAAGAAUUAAAAAUAAUGAUUGUGGUUUAGGAAAAAAUGCCUAAGCUUAAGUUUUAGCAGAAUUAUGGAUCAGUCUAUUUUAAGAGUAUACAAGAGAAUUAGCUUAUUUAGGUAAAACUGCAGGCUUAGAAACAAAAAUAGAAUUUAUAGAUGAAAUUCAGUUAGAAAUUGUUGGUUUUUCAGAAUCUAUUUAAACUUUUAUUUAAUAAUAUUUAGAAAAGACUACUACUUUUAAUCCAAAAGAAAUUUAAAAUAAAUUCGAAAUUCAUUUAGAUAAGCUAAUUAAAGGCAAAAUUAAUUUUUCUAAAAAACCUCCUUACGAACAAGGAAGAAUUUACAAUUUAUUUAUUUUAACAACAAGAACAUUUUCACCUAAGGAAUUAAGUAAAGAAGCAUAAAAAGUGACAUUUGAAACUUUUGAAAAAUUUAAUGAAUAAUACUUAAAAAAUAUCUCACUAGAAAUAUAUUUAGCAGGAAACUUAAAUUAAGAAAAGGCUAUUGAAAUUACUAAUUUAACUUCUUCAAUAUUUUUUGAUUAAAGGAAUGCUAAACCCAUUUAAAGAAACCAGAUAUUAGAUAGAAGAACUGUAAUGCUUUAAAAUGAUAUUAGAAACAUUUAUGAAGUAUAAUUAGAUGAGUGCGAGAAUAACAGUUAUAUUUCUAUUAUAUUUGAGUUCAAACAAACUAAAAAUAUAAGAAAUAAAGUUAUGCUUGAAUUAUUGGGCAACUUUUUGAAUGAUUAAUUUUAUACAUAACUAAGAACGGUAGAAUAAUUAGGGUACAUUAUAUGGUCUUAAAUUGUUGAAGUUAGAGGAGUUGGGCAUAUUCGAUUUAUAAUUUAAUCAAGUGUACAAUCUCCAUAGUAUUUAGCAUCUAGAAUAUAUGAUUUCUUGUAACAAUAAAAUAAGUAGUUAGAUUAAUAUUCAGAAUAAUAAUUUUAAGUAUUGAAAAAUUCAGUUAUGGUAAAUAUAAAGGAAAAAGAUGUUAACUUGACUAAAGAAACUUAAAGAUUUUUCACUUAAAUUUUAACUCAUAAUUACUAAUUUGAUUUGAGAUAAUUAAUGCUUGAAAAACUUAACUAAAUUUAAAUUAAUGAGUUUAUUUAGACUUUUAAAUAAGUUUUAAUUUAAGAAAAAAAAGUUGCGGAAAUUCAUUUAAUUUCACAUUAGCAUAAAGAAUAAAAUGAUUUGCUUAAAAAAGUCUCAUCUCCUUAUACAAACCUUAAAGUAAUAGAAUCUGUAGAAUAAUUUAAACUCGAAAAUUCAUUACAUCCAGAUUAUUAUGCUAAAAAGGAUUGA